AUGGCAAGGGGAAUGGCAAGGGGAAUGGCAAGGGGAAUGGCAAGGGGAAUGGCAGGGGAAUGGCAAGGGGAAUGGCAAGGGGAAUGCAAGGGGAAUGGCAAGGGGAAUGGCAAGGGGAAUGGCAAGGGGAAUGGCAAGGGGAAUGGCAAGGGGAAUGGCAAGGGGAAUGGCAAGGGGAAUGACAGGGGAAUGGCAAGGGGGAAUGGCAAGGGGAAUGGCAAGGGGAAUGGCAAGGGGAAUGGCAAGGGGAAUGGCAAGGGGAAUGGCAAGGGGAAUGGCAAGGGGAAUGGCAAGGGGAAUGGCAAGGGGAAUGGCAAGGGGAAUGGCAAGGGGAAUGACAAGGGGAAUGGCAAGGGGAAUGGCAAGGGGAAUGGCAAGGGGAAUGGCAAGGGGAAUGGCAAGGGGAAUGGCAAGGGGAAUGGCAAGGGGAAUGGCAAGGGGAAUGGCAAGGGGAAUGGCAAGGGGAAUGGCAAGGGGAAUGGCAAGGGGAAUCGCAAGGGGAAUGGCAAGGGGAAUGGCAAGGGGAAUGGCAAGGGGAAUGGCACUGCGGCGAGGUGUUGGGUGACAACUUCCUUCAGCUUAGUGCUGCCAUUGAUGCCACUCAACCACCCCUCUCCACCCACUAACACCCCACCCUCUCCUUCUCCCCGUACCCCUCAGCUGCUGCGCGCCCUGACAUGCCCCGGCACCAUGGAGAGCGGCGUGGGGAACUAUGAGAUCGACGAAGUGCUCGGUGACAGCUGUGUGCAGCUCGCUACCUCCUGCCACCUGUUUGCCUGCGGGCUCCUGCCACCAGAUGCGCCACGUCAGCAGCGUGGGAAGAGGAAGAGGAGUGAUUCACACUGUGAAAUCAACGCGUCCCUGCCUACACUCCACCCCGCUAGCGUGUGUAGCAGUACAGGCACCCCUACACACACUAACAGCCGCCCCUCCCUGCCGACAUAUGAUGACAUGCAGGAGUGCCGCUUGCAUUUAGUCUCUAACAGGCACCUGGCAGCGUUGGCACUUAAAGCCGGAGUGCCCGCCCUUGUGCGCCGCAAGCCCUUCAGUCCCACAGAUUGGAUCGGACCUCUCGUCCCUCCCUCCCACGCUGUGCUGCUUUUGGCUGACUCCCUCUCUCACUCGCUCCCCCGACCACACUCGUUUUCGGACAGCCUUUCAAACACCCCGUCACACUCCCUCGCACACGCGCCCGCACACACCCCCUCAGACCCCCUCACACACCCACAGCCACAAGCACAAGCAACAGCACUUCCUGCUUCUCCCUCUCCAGCUGCUGCAACCUCCCAGAACCUUCCUCCUCCUAGCCCCAAAGCGCUUCUGGACUCUGCUUUCGCCUCGCUGGCAGGGGCGCAGCCAGCAGCCGCCGCCAAGUCAGCGCGCAGGCUGGCUGACGUGGCAGAGGCCUUGGUGGGCGCCAGCUGGCGGUGCGGCGGCGCUGACAUGGCGCUGCCGGUGCUGAGGUGGCUGGGCCUGCCUACGGAGGGUGUUGGGGAGCUGCUGAGGGGAGAGAUGGGGUGGAUGGGGAGAGAGGCGGAGGGGGUGGCAAAGAGAGGGGUGGUGGGAGAUGCAGCAAAGCCAGAUAUGGCACUGGACGGGCCUACAGAGGGCGCGAGAGAGCUGCUGAGGGGUGAGAUGGAAGCACGGGAAUUGGAGCAAAGGGUGAGUGGCAGCAAGCACGCAUCGGAGCCACCUGGAGAGCCGUUCGUGCUGCCACUCCAGCCGCCAGAGAAGCGGCCUAAGCUGCUUGAAGGGGAAUGCGUGCAACACCAGGAGGGACAGCAGGAGGAACAGCAGCAGCUGCAGGGUGUGCAGGUUCUAAAAUGCUUGCUGCAGCAGCAGCAGCAGCAGCAGCAGCAGACUUUUCCCAGUUUCUUAGAACCUUCCACCGCCAGAACGAACCCCAGGUGCCACGUGGCAACAGCUGGCUGGCUGCUGGAGCUUCAGAAUGCGAUGGGGUAUCGAUUUAGAAAUGAGGGGAUACUGAGGGAGGCGAUACGGGAGAGGGAGUUGAAGAGGAAGAGGCGGUUUGUGUUCCUGGGGGAAGCUGUGCUUCACUUUCUUGUCAUGCACCACAUGGUGCAAGCAACAUUUGGAGCGGCCCAUUCUCCUGCCGCCACGUCACCACAUGCCACGUCAUUGCAUGCUGCCAUGCCAUCGCACAGUGCCACGUCAGCGCAGCACGCCGCCCGGCCGUCCCCGCGCCAGCUGACGAACCUGCGCAUGGUUGUGAACAACACGGAGCGGUUCUGCCAGUUGGUGGCUUGCCGUGGGCUGCUGCGAUUGGUGCAGAAGGGGGAAGGGAAAGGGGCCGGGAAGGAGAUGGGGAAGGAGGAAGGGAAAGGGGAGGGGAAGGAGGUGGGGGAACACGAGGGGAUGGAGAAAAUUUGUAGCAGCAAAGAAGGCAUGCGCGGGAGGGACGUCGCUGAUCUCAUCAAGGCCCUCACUGCAGCAGUCUUCCUCGACUCCACUCCUCCAAACACCCCUCCCACCGCACUCAACCCCCGCGCACCUCCCCCUCGCCAUCCCCCAUGCCCUCUCACCCGCACGUGGCAAGUGGUUUCCUCGUGGCUAUGCCCUAUCCCGCUGCUGCAUCCUCUCUUCCUCCACCCACCCUCUGCGCUGCUCCUCUUCUGUGGCACCCUUGGCCUCCCCGCCCCCAGUUACUUGCCCAAGCCUCAGGGAAAUUUGUUUGCUGAGAAUUCUAAAAAAACAGAUUCAGCUCCCAAAUACUUGCCCAAGCCUCAGGGGAGUGCGGGUGAGACGGAGCAACGGGGGCAGCACUGUGGGGAGGAGUGGGGGCGGGAGUGGGGGAAACGGGAAACGGAGGGGGAAGGGGAUGGGAAUGGGGCGUGGAAGGAUGGGGAGGGUGGGGAAAGGGAAGGUGGGGUGUUGUGUGGAAGUGACGUGCAAGGUGGAGGAGGGGAUGAUGGGCUGUGUGAAAAGGGCGUGAGGGGUAGAGGAGGGGAGGAGGAGGAGGGGUUGGUGAUGGAAGUGGGGGUGAAAGGGGUGGUGCUGGGAGAGGGGUGGGGGGUGAAUGAUGUUGCAGCAACGGUGGAAGCAGCUGGUGGCGUGCUGAGGAGAGCCAAGACUGUGCAGGGCUUCCAGAAGCUGUACGAGGAGGCAAAGAGGGCACGGGUUCAUGGUGGGAAGACGAAGGCAGGAGGAACGAAGAGGAAGCAAGGGAACAAUGGUGGUGUAAUCAACGGUGGUGAUUCAAGCGCUGGUUACUCUACCAGUGCUACUUGUGGUGGUGGCUGGGGGGCGGCUGGUGGUGGUUGGGAGGCGGCUGGUGGUGGUUGGGAGGCGGCUGGUGGUGGUUGGGAGGCGGCUGGUGGUGGUUGGGAGGCGGCUGGUGGUGGUUGGGAGGCGGCUGGUGGUGGUUGGGAGGCGGCUGGUGGUGGUUGGGAGGCGGCUGGUGGUGGUUGGGAGGCGGCUGGUGGUGGUUGGGAGGCGGCUGGUGGUGGUUGGGAGGCGGCUGGUGGUGGUUGGGAGGCGACUGGUGGUGGUUGGGAGGCGGCUGGUGGUGGUUGGGAGGCAUCUGGUGGUGGUUGGGAGGCGGCAGGUGGUGGUUCGGAGGCGGCUGUUGGUGGCUGUGGGGCGGCUGGUGGUGGUUGGGAGGCGGCUGGUGGUGGUGGCUGGGAAGCGGCAGGUGAUGGUGGUGCCAGCAGUGAACCUGCUGGUGGUAGCACUGGUGCUCCCAGGUCUCUAGGUGAUGGCUAUUGCAUGGAUUGUGUGGUUAAAGCAGCUGACAGAUCGGCGGUGGUGCGGGUUGAAGGUAAAGCAAUGCCCUCGAAAAAGGCAGCAAAACAAUGGACAGCAGCCGCAGUGUUACGAGCCCUAGCCACCAAAGAGUGGCCCACCAGUGCCAAGUAG